UAUGGACAAAUUGAGCUCGUAGUAUGAAUCAAUAGCAGGUCAGACGACCUUUCUUAUCUUUCAAGUAGUGCAGCUCGAUAAUGAGACGGAUUGUUGUAUUAGUUUCCAAGUCUCCGUCCGCUACGAGUUACCACAGUUUCUUCUAACGAAUCAAUUAUUUUUCAAUUGUACGACCGAAUUAUAUAGUUAUGAAAAUUGGACGAAUUUGAAGCAUCAAGAGUUCAAUCUUUUAAUAAUUUUUAAGAAGAGGAUAAACAUCCAAGUUAUCGAUCGAUCAUCAUCCAUCUCUAGCUACGACUUGAAGAAGAAAAAAAAACUAUUUUCUUUUUGCUUAAAUUAAAAGCAAAAAAUUAUUUAUUUCAAGUGUAAACAUGACUUUGCUGAUCUAUCAUUUGGAGCAAAUCUUUCUUAAAAUGGAAAGAGGUUAACUUCUGAGCACUAAGGAAAAUUAUUAAAGCAUUAAAAUCUCUGGUAGGUGUAAAAAUGUUCAAGAACACAUUCCAAAGUGGAUUUUUAUCCAUUUUAUAUAGUAUUGGCAGUAAACCACUGCAAAUAUGGGACAAGAAAGUUAGAAAUGGACAUAUCAAGAGGAUUACUGAUAAUGACAUCCAGAGCCUUGUUUUGGAAAUAUUAGGUAGCAAUGUUAGCACGACAUAUAUCACUUGUCCUGCAGAUCCUAGAAAGACAUUGGGUAUAAAGUUACCUUUCUUGGUGAUGAUCAUCAAGAAUCUGAAAAAAUAUUUCACAUUUGAGGUUCAAAUAAUAGAUGAUAAAAAUGUACGCCGUAGAUUUCGUGCUAGCAAUUAUCAAUCUACAACAAGGGUUAAGCCAUUCAUUUGUACUAUGCCGAUGAGACUGGACGAUGGUUGGAAUCAAAUACAGUUCAACUUGGCUGACUUCACACGUCGUGCAUAUGGAACGAAUUAUGUAGAGACACUUAGAGUCCAAAUUCAUGCUAAUUGUAGGAUACGACGAGUGUACUUUUCAGACCGAUUGUACUCUGAGGACGAAUUACCAGCAGAAUUUAAAUUAUUUUUACCAAUUCAAAAUAAAGCAAAAUGUUAAGAGACAUGGAA